AUGGCAGAAGAUGGGGAAAGCCACGCUUCCACUCCGCGGCCCUUUGCCGGCCAGAGCGUCUCGGCGGAGGAGAUGCUAAAGGAGCAAACUGUUGGCCUCGUCCAUCUUUCUGACUUUCGCAAACGUCGCGCCGAGGUACUGGAGCAAAAAGAGCGCGAGGCGCAUGACAAGUCGCUGGGUCGGCUGGCAUCCGGUAAUUCAAGAAGCGCAACUCCCUCUGCAGGUGAAGUGACUGACGGCAAGCUCUCUUUUGGCGACGAUCAAUAUGAGAUUGGGGAGGAAUCUGCCGCCACACCACGCGACUCUAGCGUAUCACGCCCAGGCUCGAAGACACCUGCCGAGGAUAGCGCUGUGCGACGCAUGAAAGCGAACCCGAAUGCACCGCCUCCACCGAAAGCCUUGACAAAGGCAUCUAUCGAAGCUGAAGCGCUGGCUCGCGACACUCUCCGUAAGGAGUUUUUGAUUAUGCAAGAGGCCAUCAAAAAUACAGAGAUCAUGAUCCCAUUCGUGUUCUAUGAUGGAACGAGUAUCCCUGCCGGGUCGGUCAGAGUCAAGAAGGGUGACCACGUUUGGCUGUUUUUGGACCGGUGUCGCAAGGUCGGUGCUGAGAUGGGUGUCCGCGGUGCAAAUGGCGCAUCCAAGGCAAAAAAGGAUAGUCGUCGUGAGUGGGCACGUGUCAGUGUAGACGACUUGAUGCUUGUCAAAGGCGACAUCAUCGUCCCUCAUCAUUACGAAUUCUACCAUUUUAUUGCAAACAGAGUCCCCAGCUUCUCUCGUGGUGGAGGUCUGCUAUUUGACUACUCCAACCAGCCUCCUACGGAGAAUCCGUCUGACGAUCCAUUGUUCCGUCCUAGCGAUGAUCAACUAGAGGGCGCAGACAAGGAUUUUUCGGAAACCAAGGUUGUAGACCGACGGUGGUAUGAGAAGAACAAGCAUAUAUACCCAGCUAGUCUGUGGCACGAGUAUGAACCCGGCAAAGAGUUUGAAGAGAAGAUGACUUCAACACGGCGUGAUGCACAAGGAAAUACGUUUUUUUUCUAG